AAGGAACAGCCAAGUGUAAUUUGGUUUGAAAUAGUUGUCAAAUAGUGACUCCACGAUGUCCACCACAGACAAGAGAAUCAAAAUCUGAAGCAGUGGAGCCAGCUAACCAUGUGAAUGUUACAGUACAUGUUGUUCUGUUUUUUAAUUUACAUAUUUACACCCACCGCUAUUUAUCUCCUCAGCCGCAUCGACACUAAAGUUCAAAUCUUUUUCUUAGUUCUUGAAAAGCAUAUGCUAAUUCUUGUUUUUUUGUUACAUUGACAGGGGUUUUGUUGUUUUUGUUGAUGUUCAGAUCUGUUCUGCAUUUUCAUUAUUUAUAGUUUGUUUGUAGUAAAGAUUCAAUCUUUACAGAAUGGGGGAUUCAAAAAAGUAUAUAACAGCUGAGGAGUUAAAGAAGCAUAACAAGAGAGAGGAUGUAUGGAUCUCUGUUCAGGGGAAAGUUUACAAUGUGACUGAUUGGAUUAAGCAACACCCUGGUGGGGAUAUCCCUAUACUUAAUCUUGCUGGACAAGAAGCAACUGAUGCAUUCAUUGCUUUUCAUCCAGGUACUGCUUGGAAACAUCUUGAUAACUUCUUUACUGGUUAUUAUUUACAAGAUUAUGAGGUUUCUGAGGUAUCAAAGGAUUAUAGAAAGCUUUGUGUUGACUUUGCUAAAGCUGGAUUGUUUGAAAAAAAAGGUCAUGGGGUUAUGUAUUCAUUCUGUUUUAUUGGGUUUUUGCUUUGCUUGACUUUUUAUGGUGUACUUUUUAGUAAUAGUUUCUUGAUUCAUAUGCUCUCUGGAGCGUUGUUGGGGUUAACUUGGAUGCAGAUAUCUUAUUUGGGUCAUGAUUCUGGUCAUUACGUGAUAAUGACAACAAAGGGGUUCAACAAAAUGAUUCAGAUUAUGUCUGGGAAUUGUCUUACUGGGAUUAGUAUUGCUUGGUGGAAAUGGACUCAUAAUGCUCAUCAUGUGGCUUGUAAUAGCUUGGAUUAUGAUCCUGAUCUUCAGCACUUGCCAGUUUUUGCUGUAUCUUCAAGCCUGUUUAAGUCAUUGAAUUCUACUUUCUAUGGAAGAGAGCUAACGUUUGAUUCCCUCGCGAAAUUCUUUGUCAGCUAUCAACAUUUUACUUUCUAUCCAAUCAUAUGUGUUUCCAGGGUGAAUCUAUUUAUUCAGACAUUGUUGCUGUUGUUCUCAAAAAGAAAAGUACCUGAUAGAUUUUUGAACAUAUUGGGGAUCAUGGUUUUCUGGACUUGGUUUCCGCUUCUUGUUCUCUCCUUGCCUAAUUGGACAGAGAGGGUGUUGUUUGUUCUCACAAGCUUUGCUGUGACCGGGAUUCAACACGUUCAAUUCUGUCUGAACCAUUUUGCUGCCGAUGUUUACGUUGGACAGCCUAAGGGGAACGAUUGGUUCGAGAAACAAACAGCUGGGACUAUUGACAUUGCUUGUUCUCCUCAGAUGGAUUGGUUCUUUGGAGGAUUGCAGUUCCAGCUUGAGCAUCAUCUGUUUCCAAGGCUACCAAGGUGCCACUUAAGGAAUAUUUCUCCUAUUGUGCAGGAGCUAUGCAAAAAGCACAAUUUGUCCUACAGAAGUUUGUCCUUCUUUGAGGCCAAUAGGUGGACAAUAAGGACACUCAGGACUGCGGCAAUGCAGGCUAGGGGUCUGAUCUGGGAUGCUGUUAACACUCAUGGCUAGUAUAAUUUUUUGUUUCUGCAAAAUGUUGAAGCUUUCCGUAAUCUGCUUAUUGUCAUUAUAAUUGAAUAAUUUCUAAUUUUAAUUUGUGUUGCUGGAUUGGAACAGAGAGACAAUGUUUAUGCUGUCUCAGCCGCUUGCACAAUUCGGAAUUUUGUUUAGGAACAUGCUUAAAACUGCUUCAGCAUUCCAUUAGUGAUUA